UGAAAAGUGGCAGGUGUUCGCGUUGUAAUAGGGAAACGUUGGUACUACAUGUAAACAGUGACGUGCAAAAGAUAAAAAGUAAUUUUGGUUCAAUCGAAAAUUGGCGUGCUGUAACAUUUUGAGAUGUUAUCUGUUGUUUUGUGAGCACGCUGGGAAGAAUCCUGUUCCAAUGUUUGCCGAGUGAAUAAUGCGUUUUAAAAGUGCAAUGCACUCUACGGCAAGCAAAUGACUUCGAAAUUUUGUGCGUGUCAGUCACCAUCGCAUCGACGUAAAAUCGCUGACGAUACAUUUUCCUUGGAUGAGGAUAAAGAUCCCGAAGAACUUCAACCUCUGCCCAAUGGGUUCUCUCACGAACAUGAAAGCGAGAACGAGAAUGACAGUGUACCAUGUUUAUCCGGUGACGAGGCCGAGACUACGCUUGAGGGUGAUCGUCGAAGAAGAAUAAAACGCGUUUGGGAUUACUAUCUGCGGCAUAAUACUCUUCAUGGCUUGCACUACGUUUUCGACACGAAGUCAAUUUGGCGCAAAGUUAUCUGGAUUGCGAUACUGUUGAGCGCUGGUGGAGCGUUUAUCAACGAGGUAAAAGCCAGUAUAACUCAGUAUUUCGAGUAUCCGUUUAGUACACUCGCCACUGUUGACUACCCCAAUAAGAUGGUGCUUCCGGCAAUUUCGAUCUGCGAUCUGAGAGACAUCAGAAAAACUGUACUAGCCAGGUCAACAUUUCAGGGGGAAACGAGCGCGAAAGGGAACUCAACCGAACAUAAUCCGGAACGUGUUAUGGGUGAUGUUCUGGAAGAUGCUUUCUCGAUCUUAGACGACAUUUUAAUUUCUUGCGUUUUGAAGCGAGGAGUUAACGAAAGUAAAGACGUCCCUUGUGAUCGCGAAGACUUUACCUUGUUUCUGUCUUCGGAUGGACACACAUGUUACACACUAAAUUAUGGGGGAGGGAAUAAGACAUUUUUGGAAACAGAUAAUGUUGGGCUGAAGUACGGUUUACAUCUGGUUUUGAACACGAAGCCUCUGGAGGAGGGAAAAACUUAUGGCGGAAGCGGAGUCAAAGUUAUUCUUCACCAGCAAGGAGAACUUCCUCUAAAGCGAGUGGGAUUUCAUGUUCCUCCUGGUUACGUGACGUUUGUGGAUAUGAAAAUGGAAAAGCUUACAAAUCUUCGUGAUCCUUUUAGCACAAACUGUGGUGGAAAAACGUUGGACUAUUUCCCCGCUUAUUCCAGAAAUAAAUGUUUUCUGGAAGGAUUGACAAAACACGUCUCCAACAAGUGUGGCUGUAGAGGUUGGUUCAUGCCAGAAACGAAGAAUAAUUUUACUCUGUGUUCAUUGAACAAGACCAUAGAUUGUAUGUGGCCAGCUUGGGAGGAAUACGAAUCCAAGAUGAACAGCCCAGUUGAUUGUCCAGUAGACUGCGAAAAGGUGUCAUAUGAAGCGCAGUUGUCUCAAACUCUUUACCUGCCACAGAAACUUGUUCCGGUAAAGCGAAAAUACGAGAAACUCACACAAGGCAGAAACUUACCUAAUGACACGGACGAAGUUAUCAAAUUUAUGUUAGACUACUACGUGGUGUUAAAGUUCUUCUAUAGCGAACUUAGAAUUGAUGUUUUUGAGCAAACCCCUUCUUAUGGCUUUUUUAAGUUAGUAGGUGACGCUGGUGGCCAGCUUGGACUCGUGCUUGGUGCAAGUUUCAUCACCUUGCUGGAGGUCGUUGAUCUGUUUGUCAUGGUCGUUGUUAGUUGGUUACGGUCAAAGUAUCGCGAUAAAAGCACGAACGUGUGAUCAGUCUCUUCUAUUUAUCAGCCACUGUGUAGAUAUUUUCUGUUUCAAUCUACAAAUCGGCUGGCGGUAAAGGAUUCUGUGGAGAUAUCUCUGUGGAGAGAUGGAGGCAAUUGGAGCAUGUUAGGAAUGGUGCAUCAAGAGCACGCCGCAGAUUUCCUGUUUAGAUCCGUUGAGGUCUGCACAAACGCAAGCGUAAAGUGCAAGGAGUUGGCGGAUGGGAGAGGAAAAAAUGGUUACUUUAUUUUUGGAAUUGGAUAGGGUAGAGGUGGCCUUAAAAUUAUUUUGAUCGAGGUAUUGUGGCAUAUGGAUCAUAUAUAAUAUCAAGUGAAUGCCACUAAUGACACCAAAAGCUGUCCCGUUGCUUAAACAUUUUGAAAAAAAUAACUCGCAUUAGAGAUAAAUUAAGUGUCCCUCCAGAAAUAUUUCUUGAGGUAAAAAAUUAGUGGGAAACUUUGUUAAGGAACCAAGACUGGCUUCUUCUGGUGUAACACGUCGACAUGCCAUGUCAAUAUACAACUGCCAGAACCAGUGAACUCAAAGUAAACGACAGACGGAGGAAAAAAUUGCUAAAUGUUGGCAUUUAAUAAUUAUGUAUGAUAAACGCAAGAGUUUUGAUCGGGUUUUUAACUGUUCUGGUCCUACGGGACUUCAUUUCGCCGUUCAUUUUUUCAUCAGGGUAUUUUGUUUCUAAGGUUUUGGUUCUCUUCUGCAAGACAUUCACUUAAGAACUGAAGAGUUCAGCCUCAAGCCAGACCAUUCUAAAUAUCGCUCGGGAAUACCGUCAAAAUGUUUUAGUUGACAUCAAUUAUUGUUUCUUAACAAGCUGGUUGAGUCGACCACGAAAAAAUUAACAUACUAGAAGAAACAGUUGAAGACUUACAUUUUAAAAGUAAAAUGCAAUGUAAGUAACUGUAGAAUAGGGGUAAAUAAGGUCCUAAAUAUUCCUAAAAAUUUCUAGAAAUGGAGGAAACUUGUUCAAAGAUAACUGUUAUUGUAGCGCUGUAAGAUUCGCGAGCCUAACAAUAUGAAGUAGAACCUACUGUUGCGGUGGUUUUUUAAAUGUUAUGAUAAGGUGGACUGUCUAAAAGAAAUACCUGCAGCAGACAAAAUAUUGUGAUUAACUGAUAAAAUUGAAUAAAAUACUCUUU